GCGUGGUCGAGUCGCAUCUUACUUUUGCUCGGUGCAGGUUCAAGACUUUAUGCCAAACAACAUCUCUCACCAACUUCUAGAUAUCAGGAGCUCGGCGUUCAAGCUUACGAUCCAUGCCGUCGACAGCCCAAUCACAAAUAAUAUGAGAAGUUGCGAGCCGGAAUGCAGUGCUACUCAGAACUGACGCCGCCGACGGCCGUCUCCCACUCCAUCGCCCUCCCUUUACUCUCAGCGCAAAGCAACAACCUCGUCGUCGCAAAGGCAUCAAUACUCCAGAUUUUCGAGACCAAGACCAUAACAUCCGAAGUCGACGUCCCCCAGACCUCGAACCUGAGCUCAGCGAAGCCCAAUGUCCACUAUGACAGCAGAAUCAACGACGAUGAAGGACUCGAGUCCUCUUUCCUUGGCGGCGAUGCUGCCUUCCAGAGGUCUGAUCGCUCGCACAAUACCAAGCUCGUCCUAGUCGCCGAGGUUUCUGUUUCUGGGACGGUCACAGGGCUGGCGAGGAUCAAGACGAAGAGCACUCUGUCAGGAGGCGAGGCGCUGCUGGUGCUCUUCAAGGACGCCAAGCUCAGUCUCCUCCAGUGGGACCCGGAACGGCACGACCUGGCCACCAUCUCCAUCCAUUACUAUGAGCAGGAGGAUCUUCAAGGAAGCCCCUGGGCACCUCCGCUGAAUGACACCGUCAACUUCCUGGCUGCGGACCCUGGGAGCAGGUGCGCCGCCCUGAAGUUUGGCUCCAGAAACCUCGCCAUCUUGCCUUUCAAACAGGCCGAUGAGGAGGACAUUGCAAUGGAUGACUGGGAUGAGGAACUUGAUGGCCCAAGACCGGUGAAACAAGACGUGCCCUCAGCGGUUGUAAAUGGCAUUAGCAACAUAGAAGACACCCCAUAUUCACCAUCAUUUGUCCUGCGAACAUCCCGUCUCGAUCCCAACCUGAUCCAUCCUAUUGACCUCGCCUUCCUGCACGAGUAUAGAGAGCCAACCUUUGGCAUUUUAUCCUCGAAAUUGGCCCCAUCAGCAGCAGUGGGCCGGAAGGACCACCUUUCCUUCAUGGUGUUCAAUCUAGACAUCCAACAAGAGUCCCACACCCCAAUCCUGUCAGUUGGCGGGUUGCCUCACGAUCUGUUCAAGGUCAUUGCUGUGCCCGCGCCUGUCGGUGGUGCCCUCCUCGUCGGAGCCAACGAGCUGAUCCACAUCGAUCAGUCGGGCGCCACGAACGGUGUGGGGGUGAACCCCUUCACAAAACAGUGCACGGAUUUCGCUCUAAACGACCAGUCCAGCCUUGGUCUGCGCCUUGAAGGAUGCUCCCUUGACUUCAUUGCCCCGGAGACCGGACAGAUGAUUCUUGCUCUUUCUGAUGGUCGGCUGGCGACUCUGGACUUCCAGGUGGAUGGACGGAGAGUAUCUGGCCUCCUGGUCAAGCUCAUAGGUCCGGAAUCCGGGGGCACCAUCAUCCCCCACCGUGUUUCUUGCCUCACUCGACUGGGCAGAAACACCAUCUUUGCAGCCAGCGAAGAAGGUGACUCGCUUGUCUUCGGUUGGACACGCAAGCAGGGCCAGACUUCAAGGAGAAAGCCACGGACCCAGGAUGCGGUAUUGGACUUUGAAGAACUGGACGAGGAGGACUUCGAGGACGAAGACGAUCUUUACGCGGAUACAACUGCGGUUGCCCAGACCACAAAUGGAACUGCGGCAGCAAAGGGGGGCGAGCUGGUUUUCAGGGUCCAGGAUAAGCUCACAAGUAUUGCGCCAAUCCGAGAUAUCACAUACGGAAAAGCAUCAUUCCCAAACGACGAAGAAGAAGAGCGAAACCAAUCCGGCGUACGGAGCAACCUGCAACUCGUUGCGGCCGUGGGCGCUGGCCGCGCGGGGUCACUAGCAAUAAUGAAUCGCGAAAUACAACCGAAGGUUGUCGGCCGGUUCGAGUUCCCUGAAGCCCGAGGAGUGUGGACAAUGAACGCGCAAAAGCCCGUGCCAAAGUCUCUACAGGCCGAGAAGGGCGGCGCAGCCGUGGGUGCCGACUAUGAUCCCUCUGCACAGUACGACAGAUUCAUGAUCGUUGCCAAGGUUGAUCUCGACAACUACGAGACUUCGGAUGUGUAUGCUUUGACUGCCGCUGGUUUCGAGUCUCUAACGGGAACCGAAUUCGAGCCAGCUGCAGGGUUCACGGUCGAGGCUGGAAUGAUGGCAAACCACCGACGGAUCAUACAAGUCUUGAAGUCGGAAGUUCGUAUCUACGAUGGAGAUCUUGGGCUAGCUAUGAUUCUCCCUAUGGAGGACGAAGAAACUGGAGCCGAACCCAGAGUCUUGAGUGCGAGCAUCUGCGAUCCAUAUCUUCUCCUCAUCAGGGACGACUCGAGCGCGCUCAUUGCACAGAUGAGUUCUGAUGACGAACUUGAAGAGCUGGAGAAACCGGAAGGAAAGCUUCGGUCGACGAAAUGGGUUUCUGGUUGCCUCUACUCGGACAAGACCGGAGUCUUUGGUGACUCACAACAGCAAAGUGAACAGAAGCAAAUUUUCAUGUUCCUGCUUAGUUCAACCGGCUCUUUUCAGAUAUAUGCUCUCCCCGAUUUAUCUGCGCCUGUGUUUAGCACUGAAGGGCUAUGCUAUAUACCUCCACUGCUGACCCCCGAAUGGGUUGUUCGGAGGGGCGCUGCGAAAGAGACUGUGACCGAAAUCCUGGUGGCAGAUCUCGGAGACACGGUUUCCAAGACACCCCAUCUUCUUCUACGACAUGCCAACGACGACCUCACGAUCUACGAACCACACAGAAAUUCCAAGUCAAACGCCAAUGACCUGACGAUUUCGUUGUUCUUCCGAAAAGUGAACAACCACACCUUUGCCAAGAGCGCUGAAGAGCCGCAAGAUGAUGACGAUGAUUCAACCGACGAGAAUCGAAGAAUGCCAUUGCGGGCCAUGGAUAAUGUUGGAGGCUACAGCACUGUAUUCCUCCCAGGGUCCUCACCAAGCUUCAUAAUUAAGUCCUCAAAAUCGAUGCCAAGAGUGAUUGGCAUUCAGGGGAGCGGCGUCAGGACGCUCAGCUCGUUCCACACUGAGGGCUGCGAGAGGGGUUUCAUAUACGCAGAUUCCGAAGGCAUGUCCCGUGUCACGCAGCUACCCACGGAAUGCAUAUUUUCAGAGCUUGGGAUGUCACUCCAGAAGGUUCCUCUGGGAGUCGACACGGACUCGGUCGCGUUCCACUCCCGCGCUGACGUGUAUGUUGUCGGAUGCAACGUUGAAGAGGAAUUCGAGCUGCCCAAAGACGAGGACAGCAACCCGCAACAAGCCCCGACUUGGAUGAAGGAGAAGAUAACCUUCAAGCCAAUAGCUGAGCGAGGCACCUUGAAGCUCAUCUCACCACAUCAUUGGACUGUCAUUGAUGAGGUCGAGAUGGAGCCAUGCGAGAUAGUCACCUGCGUCAAGACUCUAAAUCUGGAGGUUUCUGAAACGACACACGAGCGCAGUGAACUUGUUGUUGUGGGCACAGCCAUCUCACGAGGAGAGGAUCUCCCCAUCCGCGGCCGGAUCAUCGUCUACGACGUUGCCACCGUCAUACCUGAGCCUGGCCGGCCAGAGACGGACAAGAAGUUUAAGCUGGUCGCCAAAGAAGACAUACCUAGGGGAGGUGUCACGGCUAUUUCGGGCGUUGGAACGCAGGGCUUUGUCCUCGUUGUACAUGGCCAGAAGUGCACUGUGCGCGGUCUCAAAGAAGACGGCUCACUGCUUCCAGUUGCCUUCAUGGAUAUGAGCAACUACGUCACGAGCGUCAAGGAGAUCCCUAGCACAGGCCUUCUGGCGAUGUCAGAUGCGUUCAAGGGAGUGUGGUUCACGGGGUACACCGAGGAGCCAUACAAGAUGAUGCUUUUCGGCAAGAGCAAUACAAAACUGGAGGUUCUGAAUUGUGAAUUUGUGCCAGACGGCAAGGAUCUCUUCAUACUGGCCGUCGACGUGGACGCCAACAUCCACAUCUUCCAGUUCGACCCCGAACAUCCGAAAUCACUCCAAGGCCAUCUUCUCUUGCACCGAACGUCCUUCAACACCGGAGCGCAUAUCCCUGUGAAAUCAUUGCUACUACCACGGGUGCCUUCGUCCCAUUCGCAGCCGCAGGAGAACGGGCAUCUCACCAAUGGUGACGCAGCAAAAACUAUCCCUCCGCACACAAUCCUCUUCGCAUCGCCCACAGGUUCACUAGCCACACUCACAUCCGUGUCCGAAACAUCAUACCGACGCCUCUCGUCACUCAUGUCACAGCUCAUCAACACCCUCCCCCACCCGGCCGGGCUCAACCCCAAGGCGUAUCGCAUGCCGCCCUCGGCGACCCAGACCAAGGCCAGCAUGGGGCCUGGUGUUGACGGAGGAGGUGGCCGCAACAUCGUCGACGGCGCGGUGCUGGCGAGGUGGAUGGAGCUGGCGAGCGGCAGGAGGGCCGAGAUCGCGGGGCGUGUUGGAUUCUCGGGGUCAGAGGAGGUGAGAGCCGAGCUGGAGGGCGUGCUGGGCUGGAGCGGACUGGCCUACUUCUAGAAUAUUUUAUAUGCCUGCCAGAGGUCUUGGAAACGCAUCGGAGGAUGGACCAGGGUAUAUCACACAUUUUGUGCCUGGUCUCGGUUCGACCCGGUCGGGCCUGGGCACUUUCAAGGUUCGGUUGAGCGCAGGUCUCAAGGUGCUUGUGGGUGGCAUGUAGGGCAGAUAGCACAUGUCGGUUCGACAUUUUUCACUUCAAGUUCGUAUCAAGAAGGAUUGCGUCGGCA